GGAGUGCGCCAGUCUAUUGCCCUGAUCUCUACAGCGGAAUGACCAUCAUGAGUGACAGAGGUCAUGACAGGACAGUAUGAACGUAGAUAGCGAGAACGUCAAAGUUCAUGAUAAUGCGAAAUUGUGUUUACAUGUGCGCUAACUUGAGCUAAAACUUUAGAUCGCUAAACAGUUGUUUUUCGGUGAAAUUAAUUGUCUUAAACCGUUAAUUAACCGUAUUAACAACUAUAAAUUGAGUACUAUGGGCAGCUUCUAUUGGAUUUGAGGUUAGCCAACGUAGAAGCGUAAAACACCCAUCUUCAUUAUAUUUCAUCACUUGUUGGGGACGACAUCAAACUAGGGUGACCGAUCUUACAGCUUGAUUUGACAUCCUCAAUUGUGGUGUUGCAGCUCAUAAGAAACCCGAAAGUUUCCCCCCAACAAUUCUGUAAGAUCGCUCAAGAUCGGAGCGAAUCGACAUCUGCGUACUACAGCGAUGCCGAGAAGUACUAAAAGUACACGAAGUGCCAAAGGCCACUGUAAGGCAUGCAAAGAACCUGACGAUGACCGGAUGGUUAGCUGCUGCCACUGCGGAUCCUGGUGGCACUUUAAAUGCGUGGGCGUCAACGACAGUAUCGCCGAGCCCGACCGGGUGUUCACUUGCCCAGAGUGCCAACGGCCGUCGGCGCAAAUACCAAUCGUCAAAAACGCUGAGAAGAAGACGAAAAGCGUGAGUUCUUCCUGCUCCAGCAGAGCGGCCUAGGCGCGUUUAGAGCUCGAGAAGCUCGAGGCCCAGAAAGCUCUGGCAGUGAAGCGGCUAGAACUUAAGCGGCGAGAGCAAGAGCGGAAACAUAGGGAGGCAGAAUUGUUGAUGCAGCAGAAGAAGGCGCAAGAGGAGACGGAACUUCAACAAUUGGAGCUGCAAAUGGAAGAGACGGUGAUGAACGAAUCAUUCCGUCUGCGGGAGAUAAUCGCACAAGAGGAGGGCGAGGACGACGACAUCAGGAGCGUUACAUCCGAGCAGAGUUCGAACAGCAAGGUUCGGCAAUGGAGAGCAUUCAACUCGACAAUGGUAGCCUCGACGGAGCAGGCUCCGCCGAUUGACCCGACCGGCAACGAAGCAACGUCAGCGAUCGGAACUACACCAGUUAGGCACGGCAGUAAUCAACGGCCUCCUAGCAAUCAGGGAGUUUUGGAAGACGCAAUGACAGGUAUUUCGUUAGGGCAAUCAGGAAGCGAGCCAACGUUAGGAGGAAUUAUCGGUCGCACAGAAAGCACCAUAGUAGCGACAGCUGGUAGGAACAAGACAGGCCUUCCCCCGCCUCCCCCGGCUCCAUCAGGGACUAGCUUUAAAACUCACCUAGAGCAAUUCUCGUCUCAUAGUUUACCGACUCCCCCCGUCCCUUCUGUUGACAUACGUGUGCCAUUCAGUCAAACCUCCGCGAACGUGCCCGUGAACAAUCCGGCAGUUGUUUCACAAAUCGCGAAUUCGUGUUCUCGCUUUGCCGCGCAGUCGUCUGUGUUACACGAAGUCGGUCAAACUAGUGCAAAUCGUAAUAGUGGAAUGUCAGUGGCUGACCUACUUGGAGGUCCACCACGGCUAUCGUUUUCUGCUCAGCCCGGACCAGAACAACUGGGUGAUCAAACAGUGCUGCAGAGAGGACAACUGGAGCAACCAUAUAGUUCUGCAAUCCAGCCACCACUGGAACAUCCUCCACCGCAUCAUGGCCUGGCAUAUGGCGGACCAUCCCCGCAGCAAUUAGCUGCUAGACACGUGAUGGCGAAGGAGCUACCAACGUUUUCCGGUAAUCCGGAGGAUUGGCCGCUAUUUAUUAGUGCGUACGCCAAUUCCACUCAGGCGUGUGGCUUCACAGACGCUGAAAAUUUGGCGAGGUUGCAGCGGUGCCUCAAAGGGCAUGCACUAGAUUCGGUUCGGAGUCGGCUGCUUCUGCCAGCGGGUGUUCCACAUGUCCUAGCUACGUUGGAAACACUGUACGGAAGGCCGGAAUUACUGAUCCACGCGUUAUUGCAGAAGAUUCGAGGAGUUCCUCCACCGAAGCAGGAUAGGCUCGAUACGCUCAUCGGAUUUGGUAUGGCAGUACAGAAUCUCAGUGAUCAUCUGGAAGCUGGAAGGCAUGAAGCACAUCUCAACAACCCAAUGCUACUAUUUGAGUUGGUAGAGAAGCUUCCGGCACAGAUGAAGCUCGACUGGUCUCUGUACAAGCAGCGUUGCGCAGAAGUCAACAUUCGCUCUUUUGCUCAGUAUAUGCAGACAUUGGUGCGGGCAGCGACCGAUGUAACGUUACAGUACGACCCAACACAGCAGCUUUCAGCACAGCUGCAGCGGUCAUCGAAGGAAAGGUUCGGCAAAGAUAAAAACUUCUGCGGAACCCACACAUCUGAAAACUCAACACCGAUAUCGCAAGCAGCGGAAGCAGUAAGAGGUGCGUCACGCUCAUCAAAUCCAACUUGCCUGAUUUGCAAGGAUCCGGAGCACCGGGUGAGAGAUUGUUCAGAAUUCCGUAAGAAGGCCGUCGAAGAGCGUUGGAAGACGAUACAGCAACUCAGCUUGUGUCGGCUAUGUCUCGGCGCACAUGGAAGAAGGCCAUGCAAGAUUCGCAAGCAAUGCGACAUUGGUGGAUGUCAGCGUCGACAUCAUCCGUUGCUGCACUCGGAUGAGGAACAAAGGGACACCAGGCGAGCAGAAGAUGGGAAGCAUGGCAAACGUGACAGCAAGCUACCAGGAAACAACGUCGUGGCGAAUAGAAACGAGGUUUCACAAGAAUCGGCCGAGCCAAAGCCGAGUGAUUCUAAGGUUUCCACAAAUCACCAUUUCGCCGGUAAAACAACGCUGUUUAGGAUCAUUCCCGUGACGCUGCAUGGGAACAACCGCUCCGUAUCUGUGUAUGCCUUCUUGGAUGACGGGUCGGAGAAAACAUUGGUUGACGAGGAGGUUGUGAAACAACUAGGUGUCAUUGGAGAGAGCCAACCGUUGUGCUUGCAGUGGACGUCGAAUGUGAAGAGGACAGAAGCGGGUUCACAACGCGUCACCUUGGAGAUCGCCGGGUUUUCAAGCUCGACCAAACACACUCUGUCGGAUGUGCGUACAGUGAACAAGCUGGACCUACCCAGGCAGACGCUACGGUAUGCGGAGUUGGUGAAGACAUUCCCGUAUUUGAGAGGCCUACCGGUCGGCGAUUAUGAGAACGCGCAGCCUCGCAUCCUUAUCGGAAAUGAUAAUGCGCACGUCACCUCAACUCUGAAACUACGGGACGGACAGCCAGGAGAACCGAUAGCAGCAAAAUCACGUUUAGGUUGGACGGUUUACGGUUCCAAUCAAGAAAAAUCCGUAGACAGAGUUCACACCUUCCACCUUUGCGAAUGCCAGGAAACGGAUCAAACGCUCCACGAGCGGGUGGAGCAGUUCUUCUCGGUAGAUAGCCUGGGAAUAAUGGAAGUCGAUCGUCCUGAAUCGGUUGAAAUCCAGCGAGCUAAUAGGAUCCUGCGGGAAACCACAAAGCGUAUCGGGCUUCGAUUCGAAACGGGACUUCUAUGGAAGUACGACUGCUUUGAAUUCCCGGACAGCUAUCAUAUGGCGGUUCGGCGGCUACAGUGUCUGGAGAGGCGGAUGCAGAACGAUCCUGUUAUUGGAGAGAGCGUAAGAAGGCAGCUGUCCGAGUAUCAGUCGAAAGGUUAUAUCCAUAAGGCGACGCAGAAGGAGCUAGACGAUUCAGAUCCAAGACGUACGUGGUAUCUACCCUUGGGGGUAGUUAUAAACCCCAAGAAGCCGUCCAAGAUUCGCAUCUUUUGUGAUGCGGCGGCGAAGGUUGAUGGCAUUUCGCUCAACACGAUGCUAUUAAAAGGGCCAGAUUUUCUUCGGACAUUAUUGGACGUUCUCUUCGGUUUCCGAGAAAGGCGAAUCGCUCCAUGCGCAGACUUGAAGGAGAUGUUUCACCAGAUUCGGAUCAGGCCGGAAGACCGUCAAGCUCAACGGCUGAUCUGGCGCGAGGAUCCAUCUCAGGAUCCCGAAGUAUACUUGAUGGACGUGGCAACCUUUGGUGCAACAUGUUCUCCGUGUUCGGCCCACUUCGUUAAAAACUUGAACGCGGAAGAGCAUGCCAAAGAGUUUCCUGCCGCCGCAGAUGCCAUAAUUCGGAAACAUUACGUGGACGAUUAUUUGGACAGCGCUGACAACGUGGAAGAAGCGGUAAAAUUGGCGAAUGAGGUCAAAUAUGUCCAUUCUCUCGGCGGAUUUCAUCUUCGGAAUUGGCUUUCGAACUCCAGAGAAGUUCUGGCACGGGUCGGGGAGACCGAUCAAGCCACGGAGAAGUGUCUCCAGCUGGAAAAAAGCACUACCACGGAACGCGUACUAGGGAUGUAUUGGAAGCCCGACGAAGAUAUUUUCAUGUUCUCCACUAUCCCAGCGCUGAACACGAAACACCCUACCAAACGUCAGGCGCUACGUGUAGUCAUGAGCCCGUUUGACCCGGCAGGAUUGUUGUCUUUCUUCCUCAUCCACGGAAAGAUAUUAAUCCAAGAUCUGUGGCGAGCCAAGACCGACUGGGACGAACUGAUUCCGGAAAAGCUGUGUGAGAAGUGGACGCGGUGGAUUGAGCUGUUUCGCAACUUGGAGGACAUUCGUAUUCCACGUUGUUACUUUCCGUACCAUUCGGUGAACGACAUUGUAUCACUGCAGCUGCACAUCUACGUAGACGCGAGCGAGGAAGCAUACGCGUGCGUUGGGUAUCUAAGAGCAGUAUUUCCUGAUGGAAUUGAAGUAGCGCUGGUAGGAGGGAAAUCGAAAGUAGCUCCGCUGAAGGCACAAUCUAUCCCGCGACUGGAGUUGAUGGCAGCAGUCAUCGGCGUUCGCUUCUCUCAAACAAUACUCAACGGCCACUCUUUGAAAAUUGAGAAGGUGUUCUUCUGGAGUGACUCGAAGACGGUGCUGGCCUGGAUUAACUCCGAUCAUCGCAACUAUAGGCAGUUCGUCGCCUGCAGGGUAGGAGAGAUUAUUUCGAAAUCGAAUCCAGAACAGUGGCGCUGGAUUUCUACCAAGAAGAACGUGGCGGACGAGGCUACAAAGUGGGGGAAAGGCCCCUGCCUGGUUUCGUGGUGA